AUGCUUAUAGACGUUGCAAGCCAAGCGAUUACUGUCCACACCCUGUCUAAGUAUCGUGUGGAUAUCGCUUGCUUAUCGGAGGUACGUCUUCCUCAUUUCGGGUCUUCGGAAGUGAUUAUCAAUCCUGGCUCGGAGCAGAAAUACUGGCAAUAUCACUAUGAUGCUUCGGAUAACUCGGGGCAAAAUGGGAAUGUAGCGAUUGUCAUGUCUGACAAGGCCCAUUCUGCCUUAAUUGAGUGGAAACCGACCGUAUGGCCUAUGCCCGUUUUAAGGUCUCUACCGAAACAUGACAUGUUCAUAAUCGGGGUAGACUGGAAUGCUCACAUAGGUCAUAAUGCAGCUGCGAUGACCCCAACAAUUGGCAAAUAUGGCAUCGGAGACCGAAAGCAUCUAGUAACAUGGAACUCCCCGGACAACCAAUACUUCAACCGGAUUGAUUAUAUCUUAAUCAGUCAUCAUUGGAAGGAUUCCGUACUAGAUAGUCGCUCCUACCGUGGUGCUGAAACGGGCAAUCUCCAUGGAUCUGACCAUGUUAUGGCCCGAGCCAAGAUCCGCAUAAAACUGACAACUCGCAAAACAGCAUCCCUCAAGAUCCUUCAACUAUCUCAAACUAAAAAAUUCGGGAACAGCGCAUUUCAAACUGAAUUAUUGAAGCAUCUGAAUGAUACAAAUAUCAAUGAUUUUUCUGGUACGGCAAAUGAAUACUGGUCCAAACUAAAGGAAUGUCUCCGAAAGUCAGAUACUUCCACGAUAGGGCGUACUAGCAGGAGGUGUGCUGGUUGGGUUAGAUGCAACUGUCCAACUGUCUGA